GCAACUCGACUGGUUCGUGUUCAGUUUAGUUACGUUAGCGUUGGUGCCGAGAAGCGGUCAGUUUCAAUAAAAUCCAUACAAAUACAAAUACUCAUCAAAAGUAUCAUUAGUAUUGUCGCUUUUGAAAAAUACUUUUUCAACGAAAAAGGAUAAUUUUGAGUGAAUUUUCAAAAGUGUUGUGUGUGAAUCGAAUAGUGCAAAUAAAAUUGAUGCUCAAAAAUCAUUUCGUGAGUGCGCCGCGAAUUAUGACUAUCCAAAGCAUCGAGACGCAGAUCGACGACGACGACGACGACGCGCUGGUGAACGCCGACGACGUGCCACCACCGCCGACGACGUCCGCGAUGUGCGAGCAUCCGAAGCGCCCGCCGCCGCCGACGGCAACCAACAAAAACGGACACAUUAGCUUCAGUGUCGCCUCACUCUUAGCAGACACAAGGCCAAAACAAGCACAAAACACGAAUAAUAAGUGUGAAGAUGAUUAUGACGACGAUGAUUCCGCAGCGGAAGUUGAUCCGGACGCAGAGGACUCCAUCGUGGAUGUGGAGGAUCUCGAACAGGACGAUGCCACGAAAGAUGAGUGCAGUUCAAGGGCUUCAAGUCCGAGAAAACGCGAAAAUGAGUUGAGGCCACAAAGUGGUGAUUUUCCCAUGAAUCAGGGGCCGAUUCGUCCGACGGCGUUUUCGGCGUUGGCGGCGGUGUUUCAAUCGCAUCCCAACUGGCCGCCGCAAGGGCUUGUUGGGCCCUUUGCCGGCGGCGGGCAUCAUAUGUUUCAAGGACCGACGCCGUUUGGUGUACCGAAUUUAAACUCAGAUAAUAACGAUCCACCAAAAUUGAAAUGUAAUCUGCGCAAACACAAACCGAACCGGAAGCCGCGCACACCCUUCACAACGCAACAGCUGCUCGCCUUGGAGAAGAAAUUCAGAGAUAAACAGUACCUGAGCAUCGCCGAACGUGCCGAAUUCAGCAGUUCGCUCCGAUUGACCGAAACACAAGUGAAAAUCUGGUUUCAAAACCGCCGCGCGAAAGCGAAACGCCUCCAGGAAGCCGAAAUCGAAAAGCUGAAGAUGGCGUCGCUCAGCCGCCACCACCCCCACCACCCGGCGCUGUAUCCGCACCCGGCACUCCAAGGCUACUUCCCAGCGGGCGCGCACCCGCUCGCCUCAUUACUCGGCGCUGCGGCGGCGGCGGCAAGCGCACGCGGCGCACCCCCACACCACCUCGGCCCGCCGCCCUCGCUCUCAAUGCUGCAGCACGCGCCGCAUCCGCAUCAACAGCAGCCGCCGCCCCAACCACCACCGCCGCAUCUCGCCUCACCGCAAGGCAGUAUACGAUCGCCAUCACCACAUCACAUGUCUUAAAAACCCAAACUUUAAAAAACAAGAAGAAAAAAAAAACAUUCGUGCUGUGUGCGCAUGCGUGCGUGAGUUAUACUCGUCGUGGUCGUGAUUAUGCCAGUUGCAAUAUUUAAGCAUCAAAAGAAAAACAUUAUAUUUUAUUUGUAAAUGAAUUAUUUAUGUAGUGCUUAACGAUGAUUAAUAAUUAUUAACAAAAGUAUGCUUCCUUCUUCCGGGGCGCCAUUUUUAUUUAAAAUUUAAAAAUUAAAAAAAUGGCCGCGCAAAUUACGUGUGAUUUUCUUUCGUUCUUUUUGUAAAUAUCGCCCUGUAUUUAAACGUAUAAACGUAACCAGUAAUGCAAAAAAAGAAAAAAAUAUACAGAGUGUUGCAAAUCUGUUUUUGUAACAAAUUCAACUACAAGCUAAUUAUAACAUUAAUACUGUAGAUAAACACACACAAAAUAGAUUUCUGUAACAUUUGCAAAACCACAUUAUGCAUACAAACAAAUAAAAAAUAUUUAAAAAAUUAAAA